GAUAGCGGUCCACCAUUUGUUUUUGUGUUUCUUGUCUUCGAGUCGGUAUGACUACAACGUGUGCUGUAAAGGAAGAUUGUUGUAAAACUUACCUAAAGGAAAAAUAAAAUUUUGAAAAUCAUUUUCAUUUCAUCAUUUCUUAAAAUUACAUAUAAAUUAAAGUAAAAAAACCUGCUCUGAUUUUUUUAAAUGAAGCCAGUGCUUGUAAAUCUAACACUGACCUCUUCUGACGUUAGUUAAUUACUGCAAUUUUCUUGUUAUCAGUUACUCUUCCACUUACAGAAAUCGAACAUGUGCAUAAUCCCUACUAGUCCAUAUUGAUUAUUACCAUAUUUUCAUUACAUCCACCUCCGAGUCAAGCAUUACGAGAAUGUGUCUAGAAAGAGAGGGUGUGUAUGGUCGUCGGUUCGCGCUGCCAUUGCGCGGGUCUUUUCAAAGUGGGCGCUGCUUCUGUUCUUAAAGAGGACGCUGUGCUUUAGUAACAACUGCCCGUUUUUUGUUUUUACCACACAUUUUAAUAUUAACAUUAACGGGCUGUGUUGUUCAUGCACUCAGGAUAUCGAACAAAUGGUUUUAAUGCAACGUUUUUGAUAUUUGUUUAAAACAUGUCCUCAGCAAUUGUGACAGCUACACGAGUUGUAAAGAGUUUUUAAAGCUAACGAUGCCGGCGAAGACUGUUAGCUUAGCGUUAAUAUUGUUUUAAACCAUAGUGAUGAAACUGCUGGACAACAUACGCUCAUUUUACUGCAGUAAAGGGAACCUUUGUUUCACUUGAACCAGAGUCCACUCCAGCUGUCUGUGCAACAUGUCUAUUGACUUUGACAGCGCUGCUCUUCAAACCCAGCAUGAAGAGGAAGAAUAUGACCAGGAGGACUAUGCCAGAGAGCAGGAGCUGCACAAGCUGCUCACAGACCUGCCUGAUGACAUGCUGGAAGACAGCAGAGACUCCUCCUCUCCAGAGCUGGAGUACUCGACUUGCAGCAAUAAAAACACCACUAACAGCCCACAGUCAGCGUGGACUCAGCAGUGGUCCAACAAUCCAAAACCAAACCCUCACGAACAGCAUUAUGAAUCUAACUACAACCAAGGUCAUGAUGAGAUCGCUUAUGAGGAAGGUAACCAGCAGAUGGUCGCACCUCAGAGGCAUCCGGUUCCUCACAACUGGAGUCAGGAGCCAGAAGAUUCCAAUUUUACACGAGGAGACUACACGUACACCAGCUUAGACAACAAUGACUUAUCAGAGUAUGAGCCUAAACCGUACUCUGAGAGUAACGGUAACCAUUUGGAAUAUAAUGGAGAAGGUCAAAGAACUUUGCAAAACCACAAGGACCAUAAUCCCAGGAAUCAAUUUGAAUCUGGAACUGUGGACCGAGGUGUGAAUCAGUACAAGGCCAGCUACAAUCCUCACCCUGCCCACCAGCCAAAGACAUUCAACUCUCAGGCCCCUCAUCCAGGAGAUCACUUUGAUCGUCUGCAAAGAGAAUUUCUGGACUCCACACAACAAACUGCAGAUAAAGAGCAACUUGCCCAACAGCAGAUUUUAAACAAAGCUAAGCAAAGGCAGAUUGAAGACCUGGAGCAAAAACUCGAAGAUUCAAGACGAAACAUGAGAUACUUGGAGCAUCAGUUUGCAAUUGUCAAAGAUGAAAGAGAGAGUCUUGUAGUAAACUUGAAGGAAUCGAGGCGACUCGUUGAGGAGGCCAAGGAGCAAGAAGGUCACAUGCAAAACAAAGUAAAGGCUCUGGAACAGCAGAUCCAGGUCCUAACAGAGAGAGACCAUGAGAACAUUAAAAAGCAGAGAGUAGCUGAAGCUGCAGUGGACAGCAUGAAGCAGCAGAUGUUAGAACUCUGUCGUUCAGACACCCUGUCCAGAACGAGAGAGCAGCACGACCGUGAUCUUACGGUCAUGAAGGAACAACAUGAAGCUGCACUGUUGGAUCUGCAGCAGAAGCUGGACUCUGUUUCUCAAGCUUUGAGCGAACAGGCUGAGGUCAGCCUGAUGUUACGAGAGCAACUGAAGAAGAUGGAGAGGCAGAGAGAAGAGGAGCAACUGGAAAGGGCCAGAAUUAUCAACGCCCUCACAAAACGUCUUGAAGACAGUCAACAACAAUGUGCCAAACUAUUGCAGACAAGUUCAGUGCAGGAGAUGAGCGAGGUGCAAAUGAAACUACAACAAGUUCAAUCAGCCAAAGCACUGAGUGAAAACAUGAACAAAGUCCUGCAGGAAGAUCUGGCUGAUUUGAAGGAACAGAUCACUCUGUAUGAGUCAGCUGUGAAACAUGGCGUCAUUGCAUUAGACCUCAGCAAUGACAGUGAGCACCAGUUGUCUGAAUCAUGCAUGGAUUUAGGACUAAAGAAAGGGAAAAAUGGUCUUCUCCACAGAACGGCCUUAGGCCCCCUGUCAGACCCCAAGAAUCCAAAGGACGAGGCUGUACAGCUUCUGCGGCUGGAGAUGCAGCGCUGCCUGAAUAGUCUGAAGGGGAAGCGGCAGAAAAUCAGUCAGCUGCAGGAGGAGCUCCAACGCUGUCAGAGUCAAAUGAACAAACUGCAAACUCAGUUAGAGGAAGCCAAGCUCAGCUCUGAAGUGAGAGAAAAUCAGAUCAAACCUCUGGAUCUGACUGAAGAUUCUAAGAAAGAGUUGGUGAAACUGCAAGAAGAAAAGCAGCACUGGCAGGAACAGCUGGAGAUGCUGGAAAAGAAGAACAAAGAGCUAAAACAGAAUGAGGAGAGGGUUAAAUCUGCCAACUUGGAGCUGUGCACCAAGAUGAGGGAGAUGAUCCAGGAGCUGGACCAAGAAAAGCAGGAGGCAGCUCAUAGAGCGGAGCGAAUUCAUCAACAGUACAGGGACGAUGUGGUGAACCGAGUCAAAACAGAGCUCAUGCUGGAACAUGAUGCUCAGAUUGAAGAGUUGUCUGAUCAACACCAGCAGCAGGUCCAGCAGUUACAGACCCAGCUGUUUGACGUCAAUGAUAAACUAUUGGCCGUGCAAGAAUGUUACAUUUCUGUGUGCAAAGAGAAGGACAUGCUCCUAGAGAAAAUAGACGGCAAAGAAAAAGAGGAAGAUUUGAUCAGAGAAAAUGAGUUAAAGAUGAAGGUGAAGAUGGACACAGCUCUGGAGAAUCUUAGGGCUGAGCUGGAGGCUCAGCAUCAAGCCUCAACAAACCAGCUGAAAGCUCUGUGGUCCAAACAGAAGGAGGCAGAGGUGAAGCAGCAGGUGAACUCUCAGGUAGCUUCAGUCAAGGCUGCCUGUCAAGAAGAAGUGCAGCAGCUGGAAAGAACUUGGACUAAGAGGUUGGAGGAGGUCAGGAAGGGGAAACACAGAGAGACUGGCGAGGUAACCUGUCAGACAGAUGAGGUUCAUAGCACCAACACCACAUUUACUGCUGAGGAGUUGGAGGACAGGCUCAGUGCCCAGAAACAUGAGCUGCAACUGGAAGCUGAAAAAGUCAAACGCAAAGCUGUGGAAGAGGCCAGGAGACAAGUUAUGCGAGAACUUCAAGAGAAACAUCUGGAGGACAUGGCCAAGCAGGUUGAAGGUGCAGUUACCAGAGCCUACAGUCACUGGACUGAGGAUUUGGCUUCUCUACCAGAAUAUCAGGCGUCUAUCCAGAGAGAGAAGGACAAAUGGGAAGAACUACAAGGGAAGAACAUUGAACAACAGAUAGCACAGGCUCUGAGGGAGGCAGAAGAGCAGUGGCUUAAAAAGCAAAGCAACAAUGUAGAACACCAGAGGUUUGAGGAGCUACAAGAAGAUGUGGCAUCUCUUCAGAGUCAGUUGGAGCAUGUGAAGGCAGAACAAGCUGCUCUGCUGAAGGCUGAGCUCUCUGCCGCCCGAGCGGUAUGGAACAGAGACAAGCAGCAGGAGAUCUCUGUGUUAAAGGUUUGCAGUGAGCAGCUGUACCAAAGCAGACUGCAAGAGCAGCACAAAAAGCUGGAGCAGGUCAGAAUAGAGGCUGACCGCCAGAGGAAGGAGCUGCUCCUGCAGAUGGAGGCAAAGCUGCAGGAGACGCUGAGGUCCAGGGAGGAAGAGUGGAGGAGUCAGCAGGCAGAGAAGAGACGGCAGAUUAGUGAUGGACUGAUGACAGAGGUGCAGUCUGCUUUGGCAGAUGCUCAGGCUCAACUCCUCAAAGAUCUGAAAAAUACUCAGAAAGUGCCUGAAAACAGGAGGAGCAGCGAAAUGACAUCAGAGAUGACGGUCACCCACAUCAUACACAGCUCCUGCAAAGAUCUGGUCAGCAGAGCGGUCUCUGAGGCCAAGAGGGAGUGGAUGAGAAUCAGUGAAGAGAGACUAAGUCGAGUGUUGAAAGAAGCACAGGAACAAAAUGAGAGAGAAAUGGACAAAGUGCUAAGCUCUUUGUCUCAGAGGAAGGAGACAUCUCGAUGCAGGAAUGAAUGCACUGAGACUUUGACUAAACUGCAGAAGAAGAACCAGGAGCUUCAGAGACACCUGGAGAAAGCCUGUCGUCAACUGCAGCACAGUGUUAGGGAACACAAAACUGUCAUGCAGAAUCUGAAAGAUGAACAAGAGCGCAGUCUACAAAAGACGAGACAAGAAUAUCAACAGCAGCUGCAAGAAGUGAAGAAAGACCAGGAAUCAAGGAGUUCAGAUCACCAGCAGAAUCUGCAGCAGGGUCUGGACGAGAUAAAACAUCAAUAUUUGAUGACUGUUGAAAAGAUCAGAGCGGACAUGAUGCGUUACCUCCAGGAGAGUCGGGAGCGAGCGGCUGAGAUGAUCCGUGUGGAGGUGCAGAGGGAGAGACAGGACACUGCCAGGAAGAUGAGGAGAUAUUAUCUGAGCUGUUUGCAGGAGUUACUGGAGGAUGGAGGGAAAACCACAGGAGCUGAAAAAAAAAUAAUGAAUGCUGCAAGCAAGUUGGCAGCCAUGGCAAAAGUACUAGAGACUCCCACAAAAACCAAAUCUGAAAAUAACUACAGUUUGCAGAGUAGAAACUCAGCUUCCAAUAAGAACCAGCCUCAGCCGCCUGAGCCGUCUGACAUUAGAGCAGAAGAUAAAAUGUUCUCGAACUCAGAGCAGAAAAAAGCGGCUGCAGCCAGAACUAAACCUUUGAGUUACCUGGAGAAGAAGGACUCCUCAGUGGAUAAAGCCAUAACCCUACCGUCAGCUUCUCACAAACAUCACAUCUCUGACAAAGAGACAACAGCCCCCGUGUCUGUGAGGAGCAAAGAAAGGGAGCUGUACCUGCAGGGACUGGACUCCAGCACAGAAGACCCCCAACAGAACAAGCCGUCAGUUGUCAAGGAGGCUCCUGUUAGAGAUGAAAAACAAACAGACUGGAGCAUGAACAGCACAGACUCAGACACCAGCUUCCACAUUCCCAGACUCUCCUAUUCGGGGAGGAAAGUCGAACCUGUGAAGCCUUUUUCUGUCUCCGCUGCAUCUGCCAGUGACUUCAGAGAGUUUGACAGUCUCUCCCCCGAUGCUUCUGAUCUUACGCUUUAUAACGACUUUGCCAAGAGGAUUCCUCCGACUCAGCCUUUGAGCUUGGCUACUGUGAAGAUGAGUUCACAGAGAGGGCCCAUCCCUGGCUCUGAGGCUGAGCAGCAGCGGGACUUCUGUUCCAGGCCUCUGUACUCUGAGCUGAGGCAGCGUCAGCAGGACAGCGGCUUUGACAGUCCCUUAUACCCAUACACAAAGUAGAGUGGACAUAGGAUCUGACCCUGCAGCCCACUUUGCUGAUCACCUGGUGCCUUUAGAUGUAAACUCUUAUAAGCUGCAGUGAGUCGAUUAUUAACCAUCCUGAGGAUUAAGAUAAUUAAUCCUCAGGAUUGACAGUUAGACAUUUUUUAAUUCUUGGUUUAUCACCUGUUGGUGGCAGCCUGCCAGAGAAGUGUGACCUUAAUUAAUAAGUUUGCAAGUAGAAACAUCAGAUUUCCCACCAUAGUGAAUACAGCCGAGACAAUUAGAAACACACACGUGUGUUUGUGUGUCUUUGGAAACUCAUU